AUGUUCUUCUUCAGCAUGCAGUUUCGCAAAUACAACGUCUGGCUUGGUGGCCAGCUCGAGUGGAGGUGCAGCCUCGUCGUCUGCUCAUUGCGAUAUGCUCGGCCUAGUUCUCUCAUGGAGAGGGCACUCGACAAGGUGUUGCAGAAGCAGUAUGCCUCGCCCGAGAUGGAGCAAUGGGCCACCGAUUUCUGCAAUGGCAAAGUCGAGCUCUUCCCGACGUUGUGGAACUUGAAUUUUUGUGAGAACAAGGGCCUCCACAGUGUCCAGUACAAGUUGUUCGGGGCCUUCUGCGAGCACAGCCCGUACUCGGGAAAGUACAUCGAUGGGAAGAUAUGGGGCAUCAUGCGCUACACUUCCCGCGCGGCAUUUUUCAUGGCCCUGCUGAGCCUUCUUGCAACGCUGAUCACGGCGGCGUUCCUGAUGAAGGACCACCAGACCUGCGCAAGAACGAAGAAGCCGCGGUGGGCAGUCUCUGAGGAGCUGAGCGAGGGCCAUUGCCAAAAGCUCCCAGACGCUCCAAGUGGCGAUACGGGCUAG